AUGGAAGAAAAAUCCCGGGCAUCUGGUAAUCGAUAUGCUGCUGAUAUAUCUUCAAUAAAAGCAGCACAAGAACGGAUCAGCCCGUAUGUGAACAAAACUGCAGUCUUAUCGUCCGAAACGCUAGAUUCGAUAUCUGGAAGAAAGCUUUACUUCAAAUGUGAAUGCUUCCAGAAAGGUGGAGCUUUCAAAUUUCGAGGGGCCUGCAAUGCCGUAUUUUCACUCACAGACGAUGAGGCAGCUAAAGGGGUGGUGACUCAUAGCAGUGGUAACCAUGCUGCGGCACUUUCUUUGGCGGCAAAGCUUAGAGGGAUACCUGCGCAUAUCGUCAUCCCUAAAAAUGCUCCAAAAUGCAAAGUUGAGAAUGUCGUACGUUAUGGUGGUCGGGUUAUAUGGAGUGAGGCCACAGUGAAAUCCAGGGAGGAGAUUGCUGCCAAGGUUUUACGAGAAACGGGCGCUCAUCUUAUUCAUCCAUAUAAUGAUGGUAGUAUCAUUAGUGGGCAAGGAACCAUAUCUCUGGAGCUUUUGGAUGAAAUUCCUCAAAUCGACACUAUAAUUGUCCCAAUAAGCGGAGGCGGCUUGAUUUCAGGGGUGGCAUUAGCUGCCAAGUCCAUUAAUCCCACAAUCCGGAUAUUAGCUGCCGAACCAAAGGGAGCGAACGAUGCUGCUCGGUCCAAAGACUCGGGAGCCAUUGUCACUUUACCCGAGACCAAGACCAUAGCCGAUGGUCUUCGAGCAUUUCUUGGAACUCUUACAUGGCCUGUUGUUCGAGAUUUGGUGGAAGAAGUCAUUGUUGUAGAGGAUAAUGAGAUUAUUGAAGCUAUGAGAUUGUGUUAUGAGAUUCUCAAAGUCGCAGUCGAGCCAAGUGGGGCCAUUGGGCUUGCGGCCGUCCUAUCCGACAGUUUCAAGAGUAAAGCUGCCUGGAAAGACUGCAGCAAUGUGGGCAUUAUUCUUUCAGGUGGCAAUGUGGAUUUGGAUGUGCUUUGGAAGUCAUUACAUAAAUGUGUUUGA